GCGGCCAUGGACAUGCCGUCUGUGCGGCUGCAAUGUGAUUUUAGUAAUUUUGAGUAUAGCAAAGCCAUCGAAUGUGGUGUCAAUCCCUCUUAUCCGCGCGAACUAAAUACAGUGCAACUUAAUCGAUGCACAAAAAACAUACGGAGCCAUUUGCAGAAGUGGAAAGUCGCUGCAUAUGAUGUGAAUGUCGAGUGGAAACUGAUCCUCCUGCGAUGUGGUUUGUUCGACGUCGAUGCAUACACUGAUAAGACAAUAUGUCCAGCGCAUAGAUACAAGUUAGGGUUCAGUUGGACUUCAUCAAGGAAAUGUUGUCAUCCACUCCAUAAAGGGAAAGGCAAACCAUUCCGUGGUGUGAAUAAAGCAACUAGCCGUGAGAUGUUUGAUCGAUGGGGUACCCUGGUCACAGUUGGAACAGGUAUCUGUAGAGGUUGUCUAUCUAAGCACAAACAAGCAGUUACGCACCAGACAGCGGAACAAUUACCACCUAGCGAUGUGCUCUCUAAGGAACAAGUAGAGCAGCAGUGUACAACCAGUGAUUUCACAUCGCCGGCUGGUGUACCAUCUCUCCAACCCACCGACACAGAGUGCACUUCAGUUCAUGAGCAGACAUCCGAGUCCUCAUCAACUAAUGGAGAUAUAACACAGGAUGUAGGUGCACUUGACUCUUCUUGGGCUCCAACCCCCCGACCAAAGAAUGUGAAGCUGCAAUCCCUGAACACUUUCCUUACUCAGGGUGGAAUGUCUGCUGUUGAUGGGCAGCUUCAUCUGUCAUUAGACAAAGCAUCUGAUAGCACCAUCCGUUAUUAUAGAAGGAAGGCAAAGGAAGCCUUUGGUUUAGUUCUUCAUUGUUUAGCACCAGGUCAAGAAGAUGGGCUCAUGAAGAUUACCAUCGGUGAAACAACUGCUGAAUCAUCACAAAGUGGUCAAGAUUUUGAUAGUAGUACCCGUUCUCUAGUCGAGUGCUAUCAAACUGCAGACAACUGGUGUACCAAGCGACAGAUUUUAUCAAUAUUGGCCCGUAACAUGACAAAGCAAAGACUACUGCAACUGAUUCCAGGGCUCACCAUAUACCGGAUAGAUGCAGCCAGAAAGCAUGCCAAGGAAAGUGGUGGAGGGCAACCUGUGGAGUUGGAGCCAAUAACACGAUCAAGACUACAAAAGACCAAGGUUGAUCACUUCAUUCAAUUCAUCUCACGCCCAGAGUUUGUUCAAGACGUUGCAUUUGGGACCAGGAGACUGAAACUCACUCAAGGAGAAAAGAUUGAAAUCCCAAAUGUUGUACGAACUGUUGUCGUGUCUCGUCUUGUUGAUCUAUAUCAAGUUUACUGUCACGAGACUGGAUUCACUCCACUGGGUCGUAGCUCACUGUUCAGUAUCACUCAGGUUUGUGCUGCUGCCAAGAAGAAAUCUCUCUCCGGUCUGGAUAAUAUUGCUGCCGAGGCCUCUGAAGGGUUUGAUGCAAUGGACAGAUUGAUAGGAUUGCUUGGUGAAUUUGGUGAGUUUUCUACCGCACUCAAUCAACAGCUGCAUUUUCACUGGCUUUUCAAGUUCGUGGGUAGAUGAGCACAAAUCUAGACUCCGAAGCGUCCGCCAAUACCUUAAAUCUGACUUCAAACUCCAUGUUGAGGAAAACAGUCCUUGUCCUGAUCACUGUUGGACUUACGC